GGUUUCCCGAUGAGUGGAUCAUGAUGAACAUACUUUAGGGACUUGCCGUAGUAUGGCUGCUUCUCGAUCUACUCGUGUUACAAGAUCAACAGUGGGUUUAAAUGGUUUGGAUGAAAACUUUUGUGGUAGAACAUUAAGAAACCGUAGUAUUGCUCAUCCAGAGGAAGUUUCACCUCAUCCUCAAGUAAGAUCAAGGUCACCAAAGAAGAGACCGGAGUCUGUGCAAGCUCAGAAGGGAAGUAACGGUGGGAGAACUACUGACUUGAAACAGCAGAGUGCUCGGGAAUCAUGGGUGAGCCCUAGGAAGAGAGGGCUGUCUACUUCAGAAAAAGAUAAUGCUGAUAAACAAAUUGUGGAAAAUUGUGAAAAAAGACAAGCAGAACCUGUAUCGCCUGUUUUGAAAAGAAUUAAGCGCUGUCUUCGCUCAGAGGCACCCAACAGUUCCGAAGAAGACUUGCCUGCCAAGACAGAGAAGGAACCAUUGGAACGUAAAAGCUUAGUGUCGGACAAUGAUGCGGGGUCUCCAGGGACUAAGCGAGCUUGUCGAUGUCUUAUAUUGGAUGAUUGUGACAAAAGGGAAGUUAAAAAGGUGAAUGUUUGUGCGGAAGGAUUUAAUAACUCUGCAAUAGUUGAAGAGAUUGCAGGCUAUCAGACUGUCAAUGGAGUUGGUGAGAGAGACUCAAAUUCUCUAAACUGUGAUGACUGUCAGCUUGAUGGGAACGCUAAGCAAAAUAGUGCUGGUUCCUGUACGCCCAUGGACAAAACGGUAGCAGAAAAUGGAAAUGCAUUUGCCCACUCUUCAUUGCUGCUUAAUAGCAGCAAGGAGGACAGUGUUGUAGACCAUUAUGUGCCUUGCACAAACUCUCAAGAACAGGUAAAGUUGGAGGACCACAAAAUAAUAAAUGACUGCUUGCCUGAGGAGCAUGCUAAUCAGGCAAACGAGCCAGCUGCAGGGUCCUUUUCUGAAAUCCAGUCAUCCUUGUUGAGGGAUUCUGAGGAGGAGGUAGAUGUAGUAGGAGAUAGUAGUGCCUCUAAGGAACAGUGUGCUGAAAACACCAAUAGCAACACAAAUACUCGUCAUGAUAGUACAUCAAUCUCAGGUGAACCUGAACCACAUUCUUCUGUGCUGGACUGUGUUUCAGCUCAAAUGACAUCAAUGUCAGAACUUCAAGAACACAGAUACACAUUGAGAACUUCACCCCGAAGGGCUGCCCCUGCUAGAAGUAGCCCUACUAAAAAUAACUCUCCUUGUAGAGAAAACGGACAGGUUGAGGAAAAUAAUCUUAAUUCCACUGAAAAGAAUGUACCUGUAGGUAUUAAUAAUAUCAAUGGAUCUCCCAAAAAGUCUGAAGAAAUUAAACAGAAUGAAAAAGAGAGAAAUUGUAACACUGGAGAUCAUGGGAAGGACGGACUAAGAAAGCCACUUUCUGAGGCUAGGCUUGUUGCUGGAUAUAUACCAUCUGCCAAAGAGAGUGCCAACAGCCACACUGCAGAGGAUGAGGAGGAAGAGCCUGAUGUGUAUUACUUUGAAUCAGAUCAUGUGGCAUUGAAACACAACAAAGAUUAUCAGAGACUGUUACAGACGAUUGCUGUACUCGAGGCUCAACGUACUCAAGCAGUUCAAGACCUUGAAAGUUUAGGCAAACACCAGAGAGAAGCCCUGAAAGAUCCUAUUGGAUUUGUGGAAAGACUCCAGAAGAAGGUUGAUAUGGGUCUUCCAUAUCCUCAGAGAGUUGUCCAGCUCCCUGAGAUUGCCUGGGACCAAUAUACCUCUAGCCUUGGGAACUUCGAGAGAGAAUUCAAAAACCGAAAGCGUAACAGCAGACGAGUGAAGCUGAUUUUUGACAAAGUAGGUAUACCCGCAAGACCAAAAAGUCCUUUGGAUCCCAAGAAGGAUGGAGAGUCUGUUUCAUACUCUGUAUUGCCUUUAAGUGAUGGUCCAGAAGGUUCUACAAGCAGUCGUCCACAGCAGAUGAUAAGAGGGCGACUUUAUGAUGAGACCAAACCUGAAACUUUUAAUCAGCUGUGGACUGUAGAAGAACAGAAAAAACUUGAGCAGUUGCUUUUGAAGUAUCCGCCAGAGGAAGUAGAGUCCCGAAGGUGGCAGAAGAUAGCUGAUGAGCUGGGAAAUAGAACAGCAAAACAGGUUGCCAGCAGGGUGCAAAAAUAUUUUAUAAAACUCACUAAAGCUGGUAUUCCGGUUCCAGGAAGAACUCCAAACUUAUAUUUAUACUCCAAAAAGUCAUCAAGUAGACGGCAGCAUCCUUUAAAUAAACAUCUUUUCAAACCUUCAACUUUUAUGACAUCGCAUGAACCUCCAGUUUAUAUGGAUGAGGAUGAUGACAGAUCCAGCUUUCACAGCCAUAUGGAUAAUGCAGCAGAAGAGGAAGUAUCGGAUGAAGAAAGUAUUCCUAUAACAUAUCGAGAGUUACCUGAAUACAAAGAACUCUUAGAGUUUAAGAAGCUGAAGAAGCAGAAGCUCCAGCAGAUGCAUGCGGAAAGUGGGUUUGUGCAGCACGUGGGGUUCAAGUGUGAUAACUGCGGGAUUGAACCUAUUCAGGGUGUUCGGUGGCACUGCCAAGACUGCCCUCCAGAAAUGUCCCUGGAUUUCUGCGACGCUUGUUCCGACUGUCUGCAUGAAACAGAGAUUCAUAAAGAAGACCAUCAGUUAGAGCCUAUUUACAGAGCAGAGACAUUUUUAGACAGAGACUACUGCAUGUCCCAGGGCACCAGUUACAAUUAUCUUGACCCAAACUACUUUCCAGCAAAUAGAUGACAUGGGAAGCAGAUCUGCAAUCUGGGGCUUACUAUCCUCUUUGAAAAAUAACAAUGGCACCAUUGUUAAUUCUGUGCACAUUUUGGAAAGACUCUGCUUUCCCUGAAAUGUCGCUCACAGCAUGACAGCUUCCUGGGUGUACUUGUCAAACUACAGCUUCGAACUGUCAUGGUUCUAGAUCACCGAGCAGCAGCUGAACAUUCCUAGUGUGCAGAAGGUUUCACUGGGAGACUUUUCUCUCACCACAUUAGUCAUUUUUAGGUGGUGAAUCUAUACAAAAAGAAAACCAUACAAGAGAGUGAGCCAGGAAAGAGAGCACACGUUAAAGAUAGAGUAAAUUCCAAAGGCUUUGAAGAGCUUGGUUACAAUGAGAUCCAGAGGAGAUGAAGUAUUUAUAUAAAAACAGUUUAGUAGCUUGCAGUUUUGUUGUGAAAUAGUUUUCAACACAGUAACUGACUUCUUUAGGCAAGGUUUUAACCAGUGACAGUGUUUGCUUCUAGGAUGUACUCUAAAAAAUGCUCACUGUCUCAGCGAUGGUUGGUUACAGGCCUUUAUCAAAUCGGAGCUGCUUAAUCACAUUGACUUUCAAUUUUUAAAAUUUUUUUCUUUUUUUCCCGUUUUUUUUCUUUUUCUUUUUUUUUUAAACCACAAUGAACUCUAUUUACCAACAGCGAAGCACUACAGGGGGCAACUGUGGCAUUGCUUCCUUAACCAGCUCAUGGUGUGUGAAUGUUAUAAAAUUGUCACUCAGAUAUAUUUUUUAAAUGUAAUGUUAUAUAAGAUGAUCAUGUGAUGUGUACAAAAUAUGGUGAAAAGUGCCAGUGGUAGUAACUGUGUAAAGUCUCUAAUACUCAACAUUAACUCCUUUAAAAUAAAAUACACAGCCUUCUGCCUCUGUAUUUGGAGUUGUUAGUGCAACUCAUCAAAGAAAACUGCCUAAUAUAAAUCAUAUAUAUGGUAAUAAUUUUUCCUCUUUUGUAGUCUGCACAAGAUCCAUGAAAGAUUGUAUUUUUAUUACUAUUUAAACAGUGAUUAAAUUUAGCCUGAGCAGUGAGCAAGGGUUCACAUGCAUUCUUUUAUACUGCUGGAUUUUGUUGUGCAUCAUUUAAAACAUUUUGUAUGUUUCUUCUUAUCUGUGUAUACAGUAUGUUCUUAAAUAAUGUUCAAUUGUCAGGAGAACUGUGAGAAAUAAACUCUGUGGAUCCAGUCUGUUUAUACACAGCAUGCUUGCCGUGAC